AAUAGGAUGGUCUGAGCACGCGGGGCGAUGCUUAGCUGGUUGCAAAGAGGAAAUGUUUUGCUGUGCUUAGGCUGCGCCUUGUGCUUCAACCGUCGACGCAGCAGUAGCCUACAGUUUCAUUGGGAAAAACGUGGUUUAAAUGAAAUCUUCCAAACCGCGAGGUCUGAAAUCCGACAAUUCACUUUUUGCGUCGCGUGCAUUAUGCUACUAGCUCUUCUGCGGGCGGAUUAAUUUGCUGCGAUGGUUUCGUUGGGAAGGGUUGUCAAACUAUCCGCUGGAGUUCUCCGAUGUUCUCUACCGUACUACACCGGUGCUAGAAACUCGACAAGACCAAUUCAACUACUUUCAAAGAUCCAGUCCAAACAGCUCCAGUGGGGACAUCAAAGCGUUCUCUUCUGCAGCACAACAGCGCCCUCCAAUGAUACUUCCAUCAGGUAUAAAUUUGGCCGCCCCGUGCUGACCAUCCCGCUGCCCUCCAGGAAGGAGGACUGCCUGUUCUUCCUGCGGCCCAUGCUCAUGAGCGUGGGUGACCUCAUCCAGGACAUCCAGCGUGAGGACGCGGGCGUGUCUUCCGCCACCGUGUUCACCGCAGACGGACAGCGGGUGUCUUGCACAACGUCGUUGGACACUCUGCUCGACAAAGACUUCCGGCUGGUCAUCAACGAUGUCACCUACAACGUCCACUCUCCAAGGCCAGAAAAAGCGUCCAGCGAGCACGUGAUGGAGGCGGACGACAUGAAGACUGUCAUCCACAUGAUGCACAUGGCCAUGAACCUCCCGGGUCAUCACCUGCUCAAGGAGAAGGAGCUGCUGGAGAAAAUUGAUCAGCUCAAGCAGGAGCUGUCGCCUUUGGAGACGGUGAAAGCCACGCUCGCACACAGGGCAGAUUCCUCCACUACCAGGGCGCUGUGGGUGGGCAUGGCCCUGCUGUCCGUGCAGGGCGGGGCGCUGGGCUGGCUGACCUGGUGGGUCUACUCCUGGGAUGUCAUGGAGCCCGUCACCUACUUCAUCACCUACGGCACCAGCAUAGGGGUCUUCGCUUACUUUGUCCUCACCAAGCAGGACUAUGUUUAUCCUGACGCCAAAGACAGGCAGUUCCUGCAUUACUUCUACAAAGGGGCCAAGAGGCAGCGCUUUGACGUACAGAGAUACAAUCAGCUGAGAGGUGAACUGACUCAGGUGCAGGAGGAUUUGAGAAGACUGAAGAAACCCAUCCAACAGCAACUGCCUUUGGAACAGAUCUUACCCAAGGAGUGAGGAGUGAACACACACACACAGUGUCACACACAUAAAAACUCUCUCUCACACACACUCUCUCUCACACACACUCUCAGACACAAACACAGCCAUACACACAGCCAAGGAUUUAAUGACAGGACUUCCUCCACCAUGUUCAGUUUUGAUAAUGGUGCCUUUUUUUAACGUCUCCUCAAUAUUAUUUGAAUACCUCCGAUAUACAGCCAAAAACUCAUUGUCAUGAACAUAGUUGGGGCAGAACACUUAAAUCAUGAAUAUCAUGGACCGUAUACUGACUUUCAUAUCAUGACUGUUGCCCAGAGUAGCUAUUCUAUGGUAUUAAGCAGCAUAAAGUCAUUGUGAUCGCAGCCAGUGGGAAAUGGGUUGCUAAGGAUCAGUGGUCUUAGUGUUUACAGUCCAUCUAUGGACAAUACGCUGUGGAGUGUCUUGACACCUCCAAACAUGGUCUUCCUGUUUUCAAGGACUGCUCUGGUGAAAUUAAGGAACCGUGAGGGAGUAAAGGAAGUGGACAAAUUUUUGAAUGCAAAUCUCAAUCUGAAUUCUCAUUUACAGUAGGCUAGAAAUACGAAUGAAUUCUGCCCAUCAGUCAAGGAUAAAAACAAAGCAUGUUCAGACCAGCAAGAAAGUAUGACUUACUACUUGGGUACUACUACCUACUGUUAAACCAAGACAAGUUUAAAGGUAGUCCUGGGUACUUACUUUCUUUUAAUAAUGUUCUAUGACCUUUCAGAACAAUAAAGAAUAAAGGAAGGAAACUGGACAA